AUGCCUGUCUCAUCACCGUUAAAGGCUGCUGCAAAAACUGCAGCAGCGAAAGUGAGAUCAAAGGUCUCCCGUAGCUCGCACGAGAAGUAUGCGUGGCUUUAUGCUCCCCCAGCGACCAAAGAUGAUAUUAAUCCAGUCGUGGAAUGCUGGCUGAAGGAUCAAGGCAACCUCGACUAUGUUUCUGGAGUUACGGGCGGAACGUUCCGGGAUAACCCGCUGGAAAACGUCGUUGAAUCCUUUGCGAUCGUUUGGACAAAAAACAGUGGCACUAUCGAAAGGCCCUUUCCCGGGAAAUACUUGCUGAUUGUUGGGCUGGAGUAUGUGGACCAGAAUAAUGGGCUUCCCAUAUUGGAGGAGACUACGUCGUUGGACCAUGGCGAGAUGAGGACCAGAAACUCGCCAAGGGCUGUGUGGCCCACGCAUCCGAAGUUCCAUAUGCCGCAAAGGAUGCAGUUUGCUGUGUCCAGCUUUGUGGGUUAA